AUGACUCUUUUAGGAUUAUAAACAAUCACUAUUUUGGAAAAUUUACAUAAAAAAAACAUCAUACAUAGAGAUAUUAAACCCGAAAAUUUCGUCAUCGGCCCAAAUUGUGAUUAUGAUAAGAUUUUUUUAGUUGAUUUUGGAUUAGCCAAAUUUUAUAGCAAUAAUAAUAUCCAUAUUUCUCUAAAAAAAAAUAAGGGAAUGAUUGGAACUGCAAGAUAUGCCUCUAUAAAUGCCCAUUUAGGUCUAGAGUAGUCUAGGAGAGACGACUUGGAGUCUCUAGGGUAUUGUUUGGUAUAUUUUUUGAAUAAUAAGCUACCUUGGUAGAGUGUUUACGGUUAAAGCAAGGAAGAAAAAUACUAAAAAAUAUAAAAUAUAAAACAGCAAUUUUCCAACUAUAAAUAUUUCAAAGAACUACCCUAAGAAUUUUUAAUUUUUAUGAAAUAUAUAAAAGAACUUUAAUUCGAUGAAAACCCAAACUACGAUUUUUUAAGACCAGGAUCAUCCAUAUCAAAAGCAAAAAUAAACAAAUAAUCAUCAGGCGUAGCUGUCCGUAAAGUUGAAAACAAAAUACCCUAAUUAGACGAAUAUAUAAAAAAGCGAGAUUGGGUAGGUUCAAUAGUUCAUUUAGAAAACGAAAGAAGAUUAACUGAUACAAAAGAAGAAACUUAACUUUGGCAUGCUUAUUGUUGUUUUCAUAAUGGAGAUUAUAAAAAAGCAAUCUAAAUAUAUGACGACAUGACAAAAAAACCUGAAUAUAAUAAAGUUCUUCAUGUAUAUAAAGCUUGUUGUCAUUAUGCUUUAUGUAAUUAUGAUGAAGCAAAAAGAGAAGCCCAAAAAGGAACAGAAUGUGAUUUAUAAAACCGUUUAAUGUUCCAUAUAGCCCAUAAGAAAAGUGACGAAAAAAAUCUCAUGGCCUACCACCAUAAACUAAAUGAUACAACAUAAGAUUAAUUAUGUUUAGCCGCAAUUCAUUUUUUACGUUCCCAUCAUGAAGAAGCAGUAGACAUAUAUAAGAAAUUAUUAUUAGAAAAUAAGGAAUAUUUAGCCAUAAAUGUCUAUAUAGCCUUAUGUUAUUAUAAGCUAGAUUACUAUGAUGUUUCUUUAGAAAUUUUAAGUGCUUAUAUAAACUAAAAUCCUUCUUCUAUAAUAGCUGCAAAUCUCAAGGCUGUCAAUUAAUAUUAGCUUUUUUCCGGAAAAAUAGCAGAAGAUUCAUUCAAACCACUCCAAUAAGCUUAUGAAGGUUCCAAUAUUUUUGAAGAUAACGAUUUAUUGAGACAUAAUUUAGUUGUUUUUAGAGGAGGAGAAAACGCUUUGUAAGUCUUCCCCCCUUUAAUUGAUGUGUUUCCAGAGGCUAGAUUGAAUUUAGUCAUUUACCAUUUGAAAAAUGGAUCUUAUUAGGAGGCUUUUACCCUUGUAAAAGACUUAGAACCUUCUGUGCCUCGUGAAUAUAUAAUAAAAGGAGUUGUCUAUGCCGUUUUAGGUUAAGAAAAUGAUCAAAAAGAACAUUUAAAGGCCGCCUAGUAAUUAUUUUAAUUAGUCGGAUCUUCGGCUAGUGAAUGCGACACUAUCCCUGGCCGUCAAUGUAUGGCUUCCUGCUUUUUUUUACUGAAAUAAUUCGAAGACGUGUUAGUAUAUUUAAAAUCAAUUCGAAAUUUCUUCUAAAAUGACGACGAUUUUAACUGGAAUUAUGCUAUUGCAUGUUCCGGAAACGGACAAUAUAAAGACUCUGAAGAAGCCUUUACAUUAAUUUAAAAUGAAAAAUAUAGAAAUGAUGAUACAUAUAUUAGAUGGCUUACUAGAACUUAUAUUAUGAAUGGAAAACCAAAAUUAGCUUGGGAAUUAUAUAUUAACAUGGAAACUUCAAGUGAGUCUUUUUAACUAUUAUUACUUAUUGCUAAUGAUUGCUAUAAAAUGGGACAUUUCUAUUAUGCUGCAAAAGCUUUUGAUAUUUUAGAAAGAUUAGAUUCAGAAAGAGAUUAUGAAGAUGCUCUAAGGGGAGCAGUAGUAGGUGUUUUCUAAAUGGUUAUUGCUUAGAAAGAUUCAAGUGAUCAUUUAGUUGAAGUUCUAAAUAUGCUUAAAAGUGGAGGAAAUAAUCCUUAGGUCGAAUAUAUCUUUAAAGUUGUAAGAAAGUGGGGAUAAGAACAUGGAGUUUAGAUUUGA